GUCACGCCCUUUUUUCCCGAGCCGCGGACUGCCAUUGGCCGGCAGAGUGAGACAUCUGCCUUCCUAUUGGAAUUGACCUCUGCCAAUCGGAAAAAGGGAAUGUUUGCUCCCGCCUCCGGCCGCGGCGAUGUCAGGGAAUAUGGCGGCUGCUGUGUGUUGAAGCUGUUUGGGAAAUUGCGGCGGUGUGUGAGGGGGGGUUUCGGCGGCCUUCUAAACUAUGAGACGGGCCGGCGUGGCGCAGGUGUCUAGGCCCGGAAGGAGGCUGUGGAGGAAGCAGGCUGGCUGCGGUGAGAGGGACGGUCGGUGUUUGUAGAUAGCAGGCUCAGGGGCACAGCUAAGACCCCCUCCCUUAGGAGGCCACCGAGUCAGCCAGGACCGAGAGCUGGAAUGGGGCGGCUACGUGUGUCCUUCCCGAGUCUGGGCCUCUGCUUUUUCCUGGCGCUGGGUUAUGUCCAGGCGGCUCCACUUCCUGGAACAGAAGUUGCCAGCAGUCAAGUUCCUUUGUUCCCGGUGUUGCUUUCUGUCUGCAGUUUCAUUGCUUUGGUUGUGCUGCUAGUAAGCUGUAUUUCCUGUUGCAAAGAGAAUGAAAUAGAUUUCAAGGAGUUCGAAGAUCAUUUUGAUGACGAAAUUGAAUUCACACCUCCGGCUGAAGACACCCCAUCGAACCAGUCACCUGCGGAUGUCUUCACCUUAUCUGUCCCGACAAUCUCCUUGUCUGUUCCAACACAGCUACAGUCCCCUCAAGAUGCAGCAAAGUUCCAGAUUGCCCGCCACAGUCUAAGCUACAUUCAGGAGAUUGGUCAUGGCUGGUUUGGCAAGGUUCUGCUGGGAGAGAUCUACAGAGAAAACAGCGUUGCGAGAGUGAUUAUAAAGGAGUUAAGAGCAAGUGCAAGUACAAAGGAGCAGGAGCAGUUUAUAAAAAAUGGAGAGCCAUAUUGCUACCUGCAUCAUCCUAACAUUGUGCAGUGUGUUGGUCAAUGCGUGGAGACUAUGCCCUAUCUUCUGGUAUUUGAGUUAUGCGAAUUGGGUGACCUGAAGACCUAUUUAAGUAAUGAGAGGCAGAAGUUGAACAGCGACACGGAGAUCAUGCUGCUGCAGCGUAUGGCUUGUGAGAUCGCUGCUGGACUGGCCAUAAUGCACAAACACAACUUUGUACACUGCGAUCUGGCCUUACGGAAUUGCUUCUUGACAUCCGAUUUAACCGUGAAAAUAGGAGACUAUGGCAUAGGAUUCAGUAGGUAUAAGGGAGACUACAUGGAGGUCUCUGAAGACAAGUUCAUUCCAGUUAGAUGGACGGCUCCAGAGCUUUUAACGACCUUUCAGGAUAGAAUAUUAGUGGCAGACCAAACCCGGCCUAGCAAUAUAUGGUCUCUUGGUGUUGCACUCUGGGAGCUUUUUGACAAUUCUGCUACUCCUUAUGCAGAGUUUUCUGACUUGGAUGUUAUAACCCAUGUCAUAAAAGAAAGAGAAGUAAAACUUCCGAAACCUCAACUAGAACAGCCAUAUGCAGACAGAUGGUAUGAAGUAUUGCAGUUUUGUUGGUUGCCUCCAGACCAGCGCCUGACUGCAGAAGAAGUCCACAGACUGCUGACAUACCUCCGCAUGCAAAGUCAGAGGGAGACAGAAACCGAUUUUGAACAGCGUUGGGAUUCUCUUAAGCCGAACCCUAGCAAUCGGCAGGCCGCAGCAAACAAUCUGGCAUUUCCCAUCUUAGAUCAGUUCACUGGUGAUGAACUAGGGCGUGAAUUAGAUGAAGUUCUUACUGUAACAGAGACUAGUCACGGGCUCAGUUUUGAAUAUGUAUGGGAGGCAGCCAAAGAAGAUCAUUUUGAAGAACAUAGUCACUCUGACUCUGACACCACAGUAAAAUAUAAUAGCAUAUUUUUUCCUGUUCCUGUAGAUGUUUUUCAAAAAUCAGUCUCUGACCGUGAGCAAGAACAGCCUAGCCAAGAGGAGACACUUGCAGUUCCAGAGGUUGUACCAGUAUUUGAUGCCCAUAAUGUUUCUGUAGCUAAUGAAUAUUACAUUCAGUUGGAGGAACAAGGUGAGAGCCGGUUGGACUUUGAUCACCGUGGCGAUCACAGAGGACGAAAAGCUGAAAAUGUACAGUUUAUUGCCCUGAGUGAACUUAAUUCAUCAGGUUUAAGUAAAAAUAAAAGUAAUUUGUCUAGGUCCGAGCAGGCAGGCAUUUUGGAUUACAUGGAUGUAUCCGCUCAUGCUGCAUUGCCAGUCAUUGAACCAGCUAGCAGUGUUGGCCUCUCAGAAAAGAUCCAAAAUGAAAUGUCGUUUUGUGACUUAACCAAUCAAAUCGGAGGCCAAGCUGAUCACAGUUCUUCUACACUGUUUUCAAAGAUUGAUUUCUCUGAUAAGAAUAUUUUUGAUACUGAUACCGUCAUUUUGGGAAGUAUGUCCGAUUCAAAUCUGGGGUUUGAAGAUUUCAAAGAACUUUCUGACAAUUUUUUAUUUUUGAAAGAAAAGAACAUGUUGUCAGACAGUCCGUUUGCAAAGGAUCCUAUAUUAGAUCUUACAAAACCAUUGCAGAGUAACCUGGAUGCAAAAAACCUUUUUGAAAACACUAAGAGUUUGGAUAUUGAGCUCAUGUUGGCAGAGCUUGAUGCUUCCUUUCUUAAUAUCUCAGGGGAACAGUUAAUCGUGGAGCUUGAGGAUACCUGUAAACAAGAAAACUUGACACAUUUGCCACUGGUAGAACAGAUGAAGCCUGCUGCCUUUGAUCCGUUCACAGAUUUUGCCAUUGACACUCAUCUGCAUGACAAAAAUCUUGAAAGCAUGCCUGUGUGCAAUAUAAAAAAUCAUAAGAAGGAUGAAGAUCUCAAAGGCAUGCCCUUUGAUUCAAGACUUUCUGAUGCUAUGAACGAGGAAAGUCUAGGACUCAACAGGUCUUUUAGUCAUAACCACGAUGUUGUGGCUCAUGAAAAUGCUUGUAACGAGCAGAUGCAUUCUGAUACAUUUGAUGAUGAGUUAGCUAUUCUAGAUGGUGAUAAUUCAGCAAAGCAUGUAAAUGGAGACUGUAUUUUAAACAGAGUUGCAAUAAAAUCUACUGCUUCUUCAUCUGACUCAACCAGUCAGGACAGCUUGUUAGAUGACACUAUAUCAAACUGUACACAGUCUUUUGUACCAUCUAUAGGAACACCAGAUUCUCUAGAUUCUUUAGAUGUGCAGAAUAUAUUAGAGACUGAGGAAUCACACAAGUUUGUGCCAUCCGAUAAACCAGCUGAUAGUGGAUAUGAGACUGAGAACCUUGAAUCUCCUGAGUGGACCUCACAUGUGAAUGGUUCAUCAAGCCAUACUGUAACAGAUUCUGAGCCCUCUUCUUUUACAGCACCUGUUAUUAUAAUAUCAGAAGUUGGACAAAAUAAUUUUGAGGUAAAUGAGGAAGACCUUGAUAUUAAAACACAGAACUCUGCAAAUGGCGGUCAUAACUCUUACCGUGACUCUGCUUAUUUUUCUGACAAUGAUUCUGAGCCUGAAAAGAAGCCUGAGGUUUUGGAAAAUCGGGCUUCUGAAAUAAUAAAUGCAACUAGUUCUCACACUUCAGAAGAAACAGAAAAUACAUCUAAAAGGAGUGGGCCUAAAAAGGUGCUUAUUCCAGGAGAAUGGGCUGAACAUUUGUCACUGAGUUCAGAAAAUGCGCAUCAGACUAUUCAAACUCCCAUCAAUGAAUACACUGCAGAUGACAGCACAUCAGAACAGGAUGAGGAAAUUGUAAAUCCAUUUGGACCUUCUGAGGUUUUCUGUUCAAUGAACACAUUCAAAGAUAUACCAUUUCUAAGCCAUAGCGAAGGACAGAAAUUAAAAGAGCCGGAUAUGGAAGGCAAAUACUUAGGAAAGUUGGAUGCUACUGGCCUGCUUGAUUUGUCAGAAGAUGGCAUGGAUGCAGAUGAAGAGGAUGAAAACAGUGAUGAUUCCGAUGAUGACAUAAGAGCUUUCACCCUUCAUAGUUUCGGCUCAGACAGUGAGGAUGACACUGUACAUCCAGUUCCUGUUGUUCACAUGGAAACAGAUGAUGGGAAAAACUUAAAAAGUUUAAUGAAAACACACAAGUCUGCUUCAAACAGAUUGCUUGGAAAUAGGAAGAGCAAAAAGGCUGUGAGCUUUUUUGAUGAUGUUACUAUCUACUUGUUUGAUCAGGAAACGCCAACCAAAGAUCUAGGCUCUCGUGCUGUGGACUCUAGUAGUCCAGUGUCUAACAGUCAAUCUUCCCCAUCUGCUCCAGGAUCUCGAUUCACAAACUCUGAGAGCUCAACUGAUGAAGAGGGAGGUGCAUUUGAAUGGGAUGAUGACUUCACAGCUUCUGAUUCGUCGUUUUUAAACAAACAAGCGGCAAACCUUAUGAAUUCCAGACUACCUGUUAACCCUGGAAAAUACUUUUCACCUCCACCUCCAUCUAGAGGUUCAGAUGAAAACUGGGCACACACGUCUUACUCAAGAUUUUCCAUUUCACCAGCAAAUAUGGCAAGUUUUUCCCUCACACACCUAACAGACUCCGAUAUUGAACAAGGGGGUAGCAGUGAGGAUGGCGAAAAGGACUGA